UCCUGCGUCUGCGUGAAGAUGGUGGAGGAGGAGAGUCUCCGCGUGGUUCGUUGUGGCGGCAGCGAGUUAAAUUUCAGGCGACCGGUGUUCUCUGCGGAUUCUAAAUAUAUCAUCUGUGUCUCUGGAGACUUUAUUAAAGUUUAUAGCACAGCUACAGAAGAAUGUGUACACAUAUUGCAAGGGCACAGAAAUCUGGUGACGGGAAUCCAGCUCAACCCCAACAACCAUCUACAGCUGUAUUCUUGUUCCUUGGAUGGCACAAUUAAACUGUGGGACUAUAUAGAUGGCAUUUUGAUAAAGACUUUCAUAGUUGGGCAUAAACUUCAUGCCUUCUUUACUCAUGCCCAUGCUGAGGAUUCUGUCUUUGUUAUAAUAAAGAAAGAAAAACCAGAUGCAUUUCAACUGGUUUCGGUGAAACUGCCCAAAUCAGCAAGCCAAGAGAUAGAAGCUGAGGAGCUCUCCUUUGUUUUGGAUUACAUAAACCAGUCACCGAAGUGCAUUGCCUUUGGAAAUGAGGGAGAGUACGUUGCUGCAGUACGAGACUUUUACUUGUCUGUAUAUUUUUUCAAAAAGAAAAAAACCUCAAGGUUUACUUUGUCAUCAUCAAAAAAUAGGAAACACUCAAAGAACAAUUUUACAUGUGUAGCAUGUCAUCCAAGGGAAGAUUGCAUAGCAACUGGUCACGAGGAUGGCAAAAUUCGUCUUUGGAGAAAUUUUGAUGAUGAUAAGAAAUACACAUACACCUGUCUACAUUGGCACCAUGAUAUGGUUAUGGAUUUAGCUUUUUCAGUGACAGGCACCAGUCUGCUGAGUGGCGGCCGUGAGUCUGUGCUUGUGGAGUGGCGCGACGCAGCUGAGAAGAACAAGGAGUUCCUCCCCCGUUUAGGAGCCACUAUCGAGCAUAUUUCAGUCUCACCAGCAGGCGAUUUACUCUGUACCUCUCACUCUGAUAAUAAGAUAAUAGUCAUUCACCGAAACCUUGAGGCCUCCGCAGUAAUUCAAGGCCUAGUGAAAGACAGCAGUAUCUUGACUGGUUUGAUGAUUGAUCCAAGAACUAAAGCUUUAGUUUUGAAUGGAAAGCCUGGCCACUUGCAGUUUUAUUCUCUCCAGAGUGAUAAGCAAUUAUACAAUAUUCCUGUCAUAGCUGUAACACUUUGUCUCCUUCUCUUCAUCACCUUUAAACUUCUCAGAGAAAGGAAACUUAUUGAUCUUUGUACAUUUCUACUACAAUGCCUGGAAAUGUUAGAUAUUGUGCAGCAAGAAUACAUCAAUGAUUAUGGUCUGAUCCAAAUUGAGCUAACAAAGGCUGCAUUUGGCUGCUAUGGUAACUGGCUUGCAACAGUGGAACAACGUCAAGAAAAGGAAACUGAGCUUGAAUUGCAAAUGAAACUGUGGACUUAUAAUAAGAAAACACAAGGGUUUGUUCUUAAUACAAAGAUUAACAUGCCACAUGAGGACCACAUCACAGCUCUCUGUUUCCGUAAUGCAGAAAAAUCUGAAAACCCCACCUUGGUUACUGCUAGUAAAGAUGGUCACUUCAAAGUGUGGAUAUUAACAGAUGAUUCUGAUAUAUACAAAAAAGCUGUUGGCUGGACCUGUGACUUUGUGGGUAGUUAUCACAAAUACCAAGCAACUAACUGCUGUUUCUCUGAAGAUGGCUCUUUACUGGCAGUUAGUUUUGAGGAAAUUGUUACAAUAUGGGAUUCAGAGACAUGGGAGCUUAAAUGUACAUUUUGUCAACGAGCUGGGAAUAUAAGGCAUCUCUGCUUUGGGAGACUGACUUGCUCAAAGUACCUUCUUGGUGCUACUGAAAAUGGAAUUCUUUGCUGUUGGAACCUGCUCAGUUGUGCAUUGGAGUGGAGUGCAAAAUUAAAUAUUAGAGUUAUGGAACCUGAUCCUAAUUCAGAAAAUGUUGCUGCAGUCUCUAAGUCUUCAGUGGGUUCAGACUUGUUUGUAUUUAAGCCUAGUGAGCCAAGGCCUUUGUAUAUUCAAAAGAAUAUCUGUAGAGAGGAAGUCCAGUGGGGAGUGUUUGUUCCACGAGAUAUCCCUGAAUCAUUCACCUCAGAAGCUUACCAGUGGCUGAACAGGUCGCAGUUUUAUUUCCUAACAAAAUCACAGAGUUUAUUGACAUUCAGCACAAAGUCUCCAGAAGAAAAACUCACACCAACAAGCAAACAGCUACUAGCAGAAGAAAGUCUUCCAACAACCCCAUUUUAUUUCAUCCUGGGAAAACACCGGCAACAGCAGGAUGAAAAAUCAAAUGAAACUUUGGAGAGUGAACUGGUACAGCUACCCUUAACAGAAAACACACCUGCCAUUAGUGAGCUUCUUCACACCCCAGCCCAUGUGCUGCCAUCUGCUUCUUUCCUGUGCACCAUGUUUGUAAAUUCGCUGCUGCUCUCCAAGGAGCCUAAGAGUGCUGAAGAAACCCCUGAUGAUGUAGAUAUGGAAGAAGAAAAAGAAAGUGACAGUUCUGAUGAAGAAAAUGAUUUCGCUGAAAAGGUUGAGAAUGUAAAUGACAUAGAUUUGGAAGAAGACAUUAUACGUCAGUUGUCAAAAUCUGAAGAAAAGGAACUGAGAAAAUUCAGGAAAGUGGAUUAUAGCUGGAUAACCGCUCUUUAAACCUUGGAGAUGAGGGAGGGUUCUUGCACUUUUUUUUUUUAUUAUAUGUUGAUACUCCAGAAACAUCUAUUUUAAUGUUAUUUCUGUUUUUAAAAUAAAUAUUG